UUAUAGAGACUCUCUGACAGGCAAUCAUUUUGGGAGAAAAGGAACAAGAAUCUAUGCAGAAACAUGCUACCUCAGAUUACAUGGCCUACAAAAUGAUCGCUCAAAGCUGCUUCUAAUGUUAGCUGGAGAGAAAAAAGCUGGUAUUGUAGCAGGAUGGCAACAGCUUUCCAUGCUGUUGACUUCUUCUGCUCCUUCCUUUCAGAGCAAGCCUUACAAUCUUCAACUCCACUCUUGAAGUGACAGAAGUAUAGAUCAAGGCUAAGCUGUAUCUCAGUGAUAAUGAGGAAGGGAAAGAAAAAGGAUCCCGGACAAAUUCCUUGGACAUGGAAGCAACCUUUGCCGUUAGAUCCAGGGGCACCGAAGAAGAAAAAAAAAUCCUAAAAUGAGCAAAGUGAAGAAGCAUAAUGGGAAGCAAAGAUCAGCUCCCAUGGAACCAGCUGCUUUUGUUGCCGAUUUGUUCCAAGCAUCUCAGUCAGCCGUGGAGUUCAAGAAUGCCAAAAAAGAAAAACUCGUGCCAAGUAUUGUAAUUCCUGUAACGGAGCCUUCAAAGAAAUGGAGAAAGUUUCCUUACUCUCCCCAGUGGGCAAGUAUAUUAGAUGUGGCUCAGAAAAUCUUGGAUGAAGAAGACAAAAUGAAAAAGAAACAGGGGAAUAAAGCAAAAGGAAAACAAUCCCAGUCAAGUAAGAACUUCAGGAAGGAAGGUAUAGAAACUGAAGAAAAACGGAUGCCUGAAUUUUGCGAUCUACACGGUAUAAAAUUAACAACGAUACAACCUUUGUUAGAGAAAUUACCAUCUCCAAAGCUCUCAUAUUUACGGGCAGAGAAAGAGAUCUUAACAGCUAAAGAAAUAGAAGAUAUUAUUCAGGAAAUUGUGACCCUCAGGGCCAGGGAGAGGCUUUCUGAAGAAGCUAUGGCUAAAGAAGGAGACAAAGAGAAGCUCUUUUCCGAAGACAUCUCUUCUAUCAAUGCCCCAAGCCCAUGCUAUCACUGGGACUGGAGGUGGCCACUUUAAAAAUGGCUGCUCGGAAUGAAUGCAUGGAAUCAAACAUCUGCAUUACUGCCUUCAGCGCACCAUUCCAUAACCUAUCAUUGUGCUGAAAAGUUUUUGUUACUGUUUUGUUGCUAUUGCUGCUCCUGCUGCUUUCCAUUCACAGCUUCUGCGGGCAAGUUCUUUAAUCUAUAUACUACUAAAA